GGAAGUUUGUUUUUUAGAGUUCAAGUGGAAGCAAAGUCUCAGUCUGGUGGAAAUCAAAAGAAACGAGGAUUAUUUUUUAUUUUCUUUCGGGGAGUCGUGCUUUAAUAGAUGGACCUCACGUCAGAGAAAAUCCAGCGGAUUCUUUCGAAGUACAAAUUUCGUGAUGUUGCUGUUGAGGAGUUGGAGAAAAUCUAUCGAAUCUAUCCUGGGAUGACGCUAUCCACAGGCACAUACACAUUUAGUGACAGCACCCAAAAAGACCUUCUGAAAUUAACUGGCACCAUCCCGGUCCAAUAUGAAGGUCGCUCCUACAACUUCCCCAUUCAGCUGUGGCUGUUGGACUCCUUCCCAUUCACUCCUCCCAUAUGCCACUUGAAACCCACUUCUAACAUGGUCAUCAGAGAGGGCAAGCACGUUGAUGCCCAUGGACGUAUCCACCUACCUGGCCUUCACAACUGGGAUCAUCCAAAGUCCUCUGUGGUGGGUCUUCUGAAUGAGAUGGUUACCAAAUUUCAGGAAGACCCUCCAUUGUCCUCAAAGACCACAACAGACAAGAAAGAUCCCCAUGAGCUCCUGGCGUUUGUCUCCAAUUUCCGUAUCAGUGAUGGUGGAAUCAGCCAUCACGAUCAACCAAUCAACAAAGUCUCAGUUAUUGGGGGAGGAGAUUUAGGAAUGGCAUCAGUGAUGAGCAUUUUAUCCAAGUGUAAAGUGGAUAAACUGGUUUUCAUUGAUGUCGCUGAGAGUUCCACCAAGGGUGGCAGUACAGAUCUGGAGAUUUUCAGUCUGCCAAAGGUUGAAGUAUCCAGAGAUAUCUCAGCCUCUGCAGGCUCCAGGUUGGUCGUGGUGACUGCAAACGCAUGGAGCAGUGAACAGUCGUAUGUCACCGUGGUACAGACCAACGUUGACUUGUACAGAGGAAUAAUUCCCAAUCUGGCACGUCUCAGCCCCAGCGCAGUGAUGCUAAUUGCAUCACAACCAGUGGACAUCAUGACCCACGUUGCCUGGAGGCAGAGUGGCUUGCCUCCAACACAUGUGAUUGGAGCAGGGUGUAACCUGGACUCGGAGCGACUCAGUCAUGUCAUGGAUAUCAACCUGAACACACACAAACCAGCCUGGGUCAUAGGAGAACUUUCAGAUAACAAAAUUGCUGUGAUGAGUAACUCUGGGUUGAACUCCAGUGCAUCACCUGAGAUUGCCCAAGGAUCCAGCUCUACCAAACCACUGUUAGACAGAGCCUUUGAGAUCAUGAAAAAUCGAGGCCAGCGGUCAUGGUCGGUGGGCCUUUCUAUCGCCGACAUUACAAAUAGUGUCCUGACAGAUAAGAGGAAGGUGCACUCUGUCUCCACACUUGCUCAGGGUUGGGGUGGCAUAGCUGUAGAGGUGUUCCUCAGUCUGCCGUGCAUUAUGGGAGUAAACGGUUCCACACGCCUAGCUGGAGUGUCACUGGGACAGGAAGAAGACUCCAAACUAAGGAACAGUGUUACCUCCCUUUCCAACCUCAUGGCUCAACUUAGGAUAUGAACGAUACGAGCGGUGUGGGCGUAGCUGUGCUACUUACUACCCCGUCCUCAGCGGGUGGACUGUGUCUGUGCUGAGGUUGCAUGUGGUUUCUCCUUGCACUAAAGUUUUUAGGUUACAGGCGUUACUUCUAUUUUGAAUUUAUAUAAACCUAAUCACAGCAUUUGUUCAUCCAUUCUCCUCAGACAGUGUAUAGCAAAUCAGUCAAUACUGUCAAUGUACAGACAGCAUUUUGUGUUCCCAGUAACCACAUCUAUGACAAGCCGUUCAUUUUGUCUGGGUAAAAAUGACAGUUACAACUUGAUACAUGAAUGUACAGAAACUUUCUGCAAAAACAUAAAAACUUGUGACGCUUGUAGCCUUUAACUGUUUUGUCAAGAACAACCAAAGUUGAAGACAAGAGUGCACUUAUACCUAAAAUGUAUGUUUAACCCAUUCCAACAGGAGAAAAAUCAGGGUGGCUGCAGAUAAAAUAUGAAGUACGAAUAUUAUAGGUACUGUAGGAUGCUGGCGUUGAAUCAGUGGAUUAUGUUGGAAUGUUCUUUCAUAUUUAAUAUUAAGGAACUUCUAAAGGUCUAAAUUUAAAUCUCUUGUGCCCUAAUGUACUUUGUAAAAAAACAAACAACUAAUUUAAGCACCUUGAUAUUGAGGUAUAUACACUAUAUGAUACUGUGGGGUGUGCAAUAAAUAUCUGAAAGCAGUUGUGAAUUGUCUUUGCAGAAAAGAGGAGAGAAAAAAAAAAGAACAGAUAACCCGGGUUUGUCUCUUUAUAAAACUCAUAGUUGCAUAACUGCACAAAAGCUUUGGUCUGAGCCCAAAUCUCACUGAUGCCAAACAGAUCCAUAAAAGGAGUACUGAUCCACAAUUGGUGGGCAGGUCACAUGACAGAAUACUCCAGCAAGCCAAAAUAUACUUGUGUGGGAGCUAAGGUCCAAGUUGUUAGACAAGAAUGUACAGUGAGUCUGCAAACCUAGACCAAAGACUUUAGCACUAAUUUGUAAUUCCAUAAAAAAAAAAAAAAAACCCAUUAAGAACAGCAAAG